UAACUUUGUUCUUUUCUCUUAGAUAUCAUGUAUAAUCAAUAAUAUUGUUUUUAUUAUAUAAUACUGCUAUAUAUUUGUUUACUGUAAUUGCUUAAUUACAGUGUAUUUUUACAUGGAAAAUAGUGUUGAUAUGAAUAAUCUGUUGCUUUAUGUGGAAGAGAAUUUAAUAUUUAUGCCUGAACGAUGUUAUGAGAAGGAGACUAAUAUAUUUAAUGGCAAUAACAAAAAAUUAUCUGAAAAUGGUACUGACGUGCCCUUGGUAUCACCACAAAGUAUCUUAAAUGAUAAGUUGUUUAAGCCUUCAUCAGAAUGUACACUAUCUGAUGAACAAGAGAUAUUGCUAGCAGAAAAAAACAUUCAAGAUCAAAUUUUUCAGAGCAAUUCAACCUUUAAUAAAAACAACACUAAUCCAUUUUUACAAGCUGAAACUCCUUAUGGUCAAGUUAAUAAUGACAGAAGCUCACAAAAGUUUAUGCAAUUAUGGAAUGAAAAUUUGCAAAUGCAAAUACAACACUUAAUGCAAAUAAAUGCAACACUUCGUUUACUUCUUUAUGAAGUAAUAAAAAGCUCUUUAAAGAAUAAUAGUUCCACAUAUGAUAAAAGUAUACUAAAUAUGAUAAAAAGCGUACUUUUGAAUAUUAAUAAACAAAUGCCAAUAUUUGUAAAUCCCUCAUAUGUAAACACUGAAAGUGCAUAUGAAAAUAUUUCUUCAAAUGGAAAUGUUCAUACCGAAAAAAAAACUACUAUAAACACAAAUGUUGACUGCCCCAUGGAAUAUGUUGCACCUGCUGCUAUAAAUAAGCAGCCAUUAACUAGUAAUUUUUAUGAUAGAAUUCAUACUCAUAUUGACUCUUCUCAAAAUAAUUACAUUCAGGAUGAAGAUAGAAAUUUGAAUACAGUGAAUUAUAAUCCUUUAAUGUCUGGAAGUAAUGAUACUAAUGCAAUAAAUCAAUCUUUGCUAAAUCAACAGAUGUCAGUAACGUCAUGUAUUUCUCCAGGAUUUGGAAAAUUUAGUAACAAAUAUUUUACAAGUACUGAUCUUUCAACACCUAUAGAACAUUCUAUACAUAAUGGAAUGUCUUUCAAAGAAACAAAUCCUUUCAGACUUAGUUUAGCAGAAAAUGUAAAACCUUUUAAUUAUAACUGGAAUGUGAAUGAUAAUAUUAAUACAACAUCCAAAAGCAUUAUCAAUGGUCAAUCUACAGAACAUAGUGCUCACCAGAAAGAAAUGGAGAAUCAAUGCUUUUCGCCAUCCAAGAAAUCUUUUAUUGAUGAUGAUUUACAGUUUGUUGAGGAAAUAUACAAACAGGAGCCAGUCGAGGCAAAUGGUAUCUUCAAUUUUAAUCAACUGUCGUGUGUACAAAGUAAUGAUUUUGUUGUAUCAGAAGAAAAUUUGAAUUGUAAAAGUAUUAACGAAAAUGUUAUAUUUCCUCCAAAUUAUGAUUUCAGUAGUUCUAGAUCUUCUAGCUCAUUACCUGUUAAUAUUUCAGAAUAUUUUCAUUUAGCAAAUAAUACAAAUAUCGAUGAAAAACAUUUAACACGUUGUUCACUUACUUCUCAUACAUUAUAUAACUCAUCUCCAAUAAUGAAACUUAAUGAAGCACACAAUGGUCAGAAAUCAGUAAUAAGUUCGGUAGACAUAUGGAGCAAACCGCUGAAAGAUACUACUGAAUCAAAUAAUUACAGUAAAAUUUGCUGGGUUUCUGAAAAUAAUGAAGAAAAAGUAAUAUGUAAUAAAGAUCAACAAGAAAAUAGAAUACAAAAUUUUAUUCCAGAUGAUACAUCAGAUUUUGAAGUUGAUGCAUAUAAUGCAGGAGCAAAGAACUCAUAUUUAAAGAAAACUGAGUUUACUGUUGGAAAAGUUAUAUACAUUCCAAAAUGUCUGUCUGUAAAUUGUAGAAUGUUCUUUCGAGCAGUUGAACUACCCAAACAAAUAAUACAUAUAUUUUAUUACCAAGAAGAAGGAUGGUUGUUAGUAGAUGAAUUCAUUCAAGUACUUACCGAAUCAGAGACUACUGUAGAUAUGGCAAAAUUAUUAUAUGCAUUCAAUAUAUAUGUCCAGUUUAAAGAAAUUGAUAGAACUAAGAAUUCAAUAGAAUUUAUAAAAAGUGGCAGUAUAUUGUCGAAAACAACAUAUGAUAUAAUAAAUGGUAGUGACAAAUUAUGCUUAAUACCAUUGAAAUCACUCUUAAAGGUAUUAUACAAAUUGGAAAUUAUAUCAUAUAAAGAUAUCAAUAAUAUCUUUGCACAUGAACAAUUUAUAAAUGGUUCAACUAAACAUAAGAUUUGGUUAAUUAUCAAUGCUUAUGGAGAAUUUAAAUAUUAUAUUGAAAAUAGACAAUAGUUAAGUAAUAUUAACUAAGUAUGUAUAUUUUAUCAAUAUAACUAUAGCAGUAUAUCAUAUUACAUUAAUAUAAUCUUUACAAUAUUGGUUGUUCGUGCAUAAAUAAUGUAAUAUAACGAAAGAAAGACAAUAGUUUUCAUUUUGUAUUAUUAGUAAUUAUGUGUGAAGAUUAAGUUGGACUGAUAAAUUUAAGAAGGAUAUUUUGUUAUAUUCUACUAUUAAUUUCAUUUUCUUUUUUAUUUUACUUUCAGUUAUUGACUUAAUUUUUUAUUUUGAUUAUAGGAUUUAAAUAUAUAUUCAUAUAUAUAUACACACACAUAUUUUCUUUUUCUUUAGAUAUUCUAUUUUUUUUUAAAGCAUUUGAUAAACAUCAGAUUUAAUUACGAUAUUACUUCAAUAUAAAGGUCAAAUAGUUUAAGUUUAAAAUAUACAUAGUUAUGAAACAUAUGAAAAUAAGCUUUUGAAAUAUGUAAAUAAGUAUACAUACAUGUAUAUAAAAGAAUCAUGUACACGGUAUGUGAUUCUUUUACAUAUAUCAUUAGAUGUCACGUGCAUUGAGUACCCUCUAGUGGUGUUCACUUAAACUUUGCUAAGGAGACAGGAAAGAAGUAUUACAGUCUAAUUCGAACUGUAUCGAAGUGAUAAUUAACAUCUCAAUUUGAAUUGUCUAUUAAGUAAACACGUAGAUUUUUUUUUAUUGAAACAUAAUGGCAAGCUCGAACGACGCA